GUGGUGUGUGUUCUGGAGUUUGGGAAUGUGUUUUGUGUUAUUUUGUUUGAGCAGGUUUUUUGUGAUGAUAGAUCUUGAGAAGAUCUUUCCGACGCAACAAGAAUCGCUUCAAUCGGAGCAAGAACGCGAAAGCUAUGAAGAUUCAAAGUUCAUGAGCUUGCGUUACAAUUGCGGCGGUUACAAAGUGAAGUUGUGGGGUGACUCUAUAUGGAAUUGGGACCUUUGGGGUUGGGGAAAUUCGUCACUCUACUGUAACAGCUGCAAAUUGGUUGGGAACAACCAAGCUAGGUUGGCAAGGGUGGCUAACUUGGAUGGAUUGGUUGGGAAGGGACAAAGGUCAAAUUUGGGGUUCCUAUAGGGAGGGAAUCUUUGUGCUUAUGGGGUUUCCUUGGUUGGGGACUCUCUUGGGACCUUCCCUCUCAUCCCUCUCUUCUAUUCCAACCUUUCUCUUGCUCCUCUAAUUCCUUGUGAGAUUCUUGAACUUUGAUUGAACUCUUGAGAUUGAGUUAAGUUCUCCUCCUACAGCUUACCCCCUAGUGCGUCGAAAGCCAUAGCGUCGUGAAUACUUCAUCAAUCAACGAGAUGUUCGAGCACAUCAAGGAUCUUGUGGAAGCGGAUGAUUCGGGUCCAAGGGCGUGGAAACUACUACGCGAUGUGAUUCAGCCCAACACUCUCCCAAUGGUGAUCGUGCUCGAGAAGGAACUUGCUGCCAUCUCCAUGCGACGAGGGGACGAUGUUAAGGGAGCUAAUGGGGAGCUUGUGGGGCUUGGGAAUGUUCUGCUGGUUGAAGGCUUGUCUGCUAACCUUCUCUCUGUGCGGCGACUGCAGAAGAGCAAGGCCGAAGUGACCUUUGGACCAACCAGCUGCCGUGCUAAGCUUGGGAAGAAGGUGCUGUGGAGUUUGGAAGAGGAGACCAGCUGCAUCAAGGACCUAUGGCAGCUGCCCAUCAUCCCUUGGAAUGGGAAGACUCCAACAGCAGCAACGGCAGCAGCGGCAAAGGCAACAGCAGGAGGAGAUGCAACUGCACCAACUGAUGGGGUCCUGGAAGCAGUCAAGAAAGUGCAGCAGCAGCAGACACAUGGCAAGGUGCUUGCUGGUGUGGAUGCGAGCGCGGCAUGGGCCAAGGCUUCAUCUAGGAGUGGUGAGGCCGAUUGGGAGACAUGGCAUGAGAGGCUGUGUCAUGUGAACUUCCCUAUGCUGCAGAAGUUGGUGAAGGAUGGGAGCCUGAAAGGAUUGGAGGUCAAAGGGGGAGUGAAGGAGAUUGGGAGCUGCCCUACAUGCUUGGAGACCAAGUACUCCAAGUUCCCUUUCAACAGCACUACAGGACCAGCCAAGCCCCCACUCGCACUUGUGCACAUGGAUGUGGUGGGGCCCACAAGAGCCCUUUCCCUCUCAGGCAGCCGCUAUUUCUUGACAAGAGUGGAUGACCACACUCGGGCAGUGUGGGUUUACCCUUUGAAGAGCAAGGGGGAGGUGGCAGCGGCUGUCCUUAAGGAGUGGAUGCCUAGAGCUCAGAGGGAAUGCGGACACAAGGUGAAGGUGAUCCGCAGUGACAAUGGUGGGGAGUUCAUUGGAGCUGAUUUUGAGGGGGAGUUGAAGAGGAAAGGGAUCCAGCAUCAACUGACAGUGCCCUAUAACCCGCAGCAGAAUGGUGUGGCUGAGAGGUUCAACAGGACCCUGCAGGAGGGGGCACGCACUCUCCUUGGGCGUGCAGGGCUGCCUGAUCCGUUUUGGGUGUCUCCACUGAGGCAGGUCGCCCUUGUGAAGAACAGGGUGCUGGCUACAGUUGGGGAUAAGGAGUGGAUCCCAUAUGUCAAGUGGUAUGGGAGUGCUCCAGCUGUGAACAUGCUGAGGGCAUUUGGGUGCAUGGUGGUGUUUCAUGUGCCCAAGGAGAAAAGGGAGAAGUUGGAGGCUUCUGGAAGAUGGGGUGUGCACUUGGGGAUUGCAAAGGAUCACAAGGGGUGGCUGCUAUGGGACUUGACCACCCAGAAGCUGACUGUGUCAAGGGAUCUGAUGUUUCUUGAGUCCCUGUACUACAAAGAAUGGAAGCAGCAGCAACAGAAGCUUCCAUCUACACCGCUCAUUGUGGAGGCAGAUGAGGUGCAGCAGCCUUCAAGACAGGCGGAGGUUGCAGUGUCUGAGGAGGAGAUGUCUGGGGUGACUGAGGAAGGGGGAGCAGCUGAAGUGGAGCAGCAGCAGCAGCAGCGUGAGUCUCCUCCUCGAGUUCCACACCCGCCUGAGCGACCUAGGAGGGAUGUGCGCCCUCCGGUGAGGCUGACCUAUGGGGGAAGAGGCAAGCCGAAUGUGGUGCAGGCUGGGAGUGUGGUUGAGCAGAUUGAGGAAGAUGAGAUCGCUCACUGCUACUGGGCACCAAUCCCUGAGCCCGAGACUCGAGAGGAGGCCUUGAAUGGACCAAAUGGGGAGAAGUGGAAGGCGAGUGAGGAUGAGGAGUUCGGGUCCCUGAUUGAGAACGAGACAUGGGACCUGUGUGACUUGCCUCCUGGGAAGAAGGCAAUCACUUCCAAGAUGAUCUACAGGCACAAGUAUGGACCUGAAGGGGAGCUGACCAGCAAAAAGUCUAGGCUUGUGGCACAGGGGUUUCAGCAGACAAAGGGGAAGGACUAUGAUGAGGUGUUUGCUCCUGUGGGGAAAGGAACAACACUAAGGGUGCUGUUGGCGAUAGCUGCACUCCUCGGAUGGAAGAUUCGGCAGAUGGACAUUGUGACUGCCUUUCUGAAUGGGAUCAUUCUGGAGGAGGUGUACAUGAAGCAGCUAGAGGGGCUGGAUGAUGGGAGCGGCAGGGUCUGCAGGCUGAAUAAGGCCAUCUAUGGCCUUAAACAGGCGCCUCGUGCAUGGUAUCACAAGUUGGAGGAGGCGUUGUUGGCUGGGGGUUUCAAGAAGAGUGAGUGUGACCCCAGUCUGUUCCUGUUGCAGGAGAAGGAUGAAAUCCUCAUGCUCUUGGUGUAUGUGGAUGAUAUCCUUCUCUUUUCUGCAUCAACUGCUUUGCUGGACAGCGCAGAGCAGAUGCUGGAGAUGCAGUUCAAGUGUUCCAAGAUGGGUGAGGUGAAGUACUACCUGGAGAUGCAUGUGAAGAGAGAUGUGGAAAAGGGUGUGCUGAGGUUGCACCAAAGGAAGUACUGUGACGGGCUGGCUGAGAAGUAUGGGCUGCAAGAUGGAGGAAAGCCAGCAACACCACUACCUUCGGGGUUUACUGUGGAGCCAUGUGCUGAUGAGGAGAUAGUGGGUGAGAGUGACAGGAAGCUGUUUCAUUCGAUGGUUGGGUCGCUGAAUUAUUCUGCAAAUCAUACACGGCCUGACAUUGCAUUUGCUACAUCACAGCUGGCUAGUGUGGUCUCACGCCCUAGUCAUGAGCAGCUGGAAGCGGCCAAGAGGUUGGUCCGCUAUGUGAGCGCUACGGCAUCAGUGGGAUUGGAGUACAGUGGAGUGAGGCAGCGGUUACAGAGAGGUUCUGCAGAUGUGAAGAGUGGAGAGAUGCUCUUGAGUUGUUAUACUGACGCUAGCUUCAACUCAGUGAAAGCGGAUGGCACCAGCAUUGGGGGUUAUGUGUGCUUGCUAGGAGGUGGUGCUGUGAGCUCGCGCAGCAAGAAGCAGAAUGAGAUGGAAUUGUCCUCAUGUGAGACUGAGUACAUGGCCUUACACCAUGGGGCCAAGGAAGUGGUGUGGCUGAGGCGUUUGUUGGAGGAGUUGGGAGUUGGUCAGGAGGAGCCGACAGUUGUGUUUUGUGACAAUGAGUCUGCUGUGAAGCUCGCCAAGAAUGCUUGUCUGCAUGGGCUGACAAAACACAUAAGGCCUAAGUGGCAUUGGGUGAGAAAACUCCUUGAUAAGGAGGUGCGGCUGGAGAUAGUGAAGAACCAUCAGCAGGCAGCAGAUAUUUUCACUAAGCGUCUGGCGGAGGCGGAUCAUUGGAAGAGCAUGAAGCUUGCUGGGAUGAGUGUGCAUUGAAUAUGCAUGCUUGAGAUGUUGGUAUGGUGGAUGAUGGUUGGCAGCCAGAGGGGGAGAUUGUUGUGUGAUGUCAUCAUAUGCUAUCACAUUCUGUCUGCCUCACAUCCCUUGUUUCAAUUCGCAUAUAUGGUUUGACUGUGUGUGAAAGAAUUUGUGUGGUAUUCUUGAACUUUGAUUGAACUCUUGAGAUUGAGUUAAGUUCUCCUCCUACAGCUUACCCCCUAGUGCGUCGAAAGCCAUAGCGUCGUGAAUACUUCAUCAAUCAACGUGAUUCAAAUUGGGAACGGUAGCUGAGAUUAAGAGCUACAACAUCUCUAAAUUUCGCGAUAUUCCAACGGCUAGUGUUUCGUCGACGUCGUUUCUUGUGAAGACGACUUUUCUGUCCAGAAUUUCGGAUUUAUAUUUUGAGUAAUUCUAG